GGUAAAAAGUUCCAUGGAAGAAGUCGGGUUUCGGGGAGGAGAAGUCCAUCAUUACGAUAGGUGAGGAGUACAAUGUGGAGAUAGUUUGGGGAAAAUAAUAAUUUUCGAUAAUAAAAGAUUCUUUUAAUUUACAUUUAAUUUUUAAAGUAUUUGGAAAACAUGCGGAGCGCAUUACAAUUGGCGCCAACAAUUCUUGCUUAUUUCGUUGCGGGUGUUUUGACAGCAUUUUCCCAAACGUGUUAUUCAAUUAUUUUUGAAGCAGAUGACUUUACAAGUGAAAUAAUUGUUAGUUCAUUAAUAAAUAAUGAAUAA